GGAAACACAGAACGGAAUCUUGUAAAAGAUUAGGCCAUUUCAUAAAACAAAUGUAUAGUAACUCGCAGAAAACAUCUUUGGGACAGUUGUAUUUAUUUCAGCUUUGCAUUUUAUGUUAAAUUGAAUCGUGAACCGCUUUGUAGGUCCAUUGGAAAGGAUUCAUCUUCAACUGUUGCGGAAGGGUUAGCAGUCUCAAUUCUGCUAAAGAAUAGAUUUGCAUUGAGAGAAGACGUAAGGCUGCGUUUGAAUCCAGUGAGCGAACGUUCCUUUCUUCGGCAGGAGACGUGGAACUUUCGGCUAGCAGGUCUAGGAUGUCAGUGUUGAAUCAGAGCGGAGAAGAACAGGUGGAAUGUCCACUAUGCAUGGAGCCAUUGGAGGUCGACGAUCUCCACUUCUACCCGUGCACAUGUGGAUACCAAAUAUGCCGGUUUUGCUGGAAUCGAAUCCGGGAAGGCGAGAAUGGUCUCUGUCCGGCCUGUCGGAAGGCCUAUCCGGAGAACCCGGCAGAUUUCACCCCGCUCAGUCAAGAGCAGGUAGCAGCAAUAAAGACGGAGAAGAAGGCGCGCGAGCAGAAGCGGCGGAACAAGACUCUGGAGUCGCGGCGAGCGCUCGCGAAUGUUCGCGUCGUGCAGAACAACCUCGUGUUCGUCGUGGGGCUGCCCGUGCGGCUCGCGGAUCCCGAGAUCCUAAAAAGACAGGAGUACUUUGGCAAAUAUGGCAAAAUUCACAAAGUAGUUAUAAACCAAAGUACAACGUAUGCAGGUUCACAGGGUCCGUCCGCGUCCGCGUACGUGACGUACGUGUCGUCGGCGGACGCCCUGCGCGCCAUCCAGGGCGUCAACAACGUCGCCCUCGACGGACGGGUGCUGAAGGGCUCGCUCGGCACCACCAAGUACUGCGCCAACUUCAUGAAGAACCAGCCCUGCCCCAAGCCCGACUGCAUGUACCUGCACGAGCUAGGUGAUCCUAAGGCGUCGUUCACCAAGGAGGAAAUGCACGCCGGCUUGCACCAGGUGUACGAGCGCAAGCUGCACAACCAGCUGCUCCAACUAGGAAACAAGCCCGACGAAAAGCAUAGCGCAGGUAACUCUAGUACGAAUGCAGAAAAGAAUUGUUCGAAAGAAGGUAAUCCGUCGAACUUUAUACCGACAACAGUGGUCACAUCGUCUAAUAUAAACGUAGUCAGUUCGUCUAAAUCAAAGAAAGAAUCGGUAAACGGUAGCAAUGGUAUAGAAGCAAGCAAUAGUAACGGGGUGAAUGGAAACGGCAAGGAGGCGUGGCCCAGUCUCGGUUCGUCUCCGCCUUCAGACAGCCCCGUCGGCAAACAGUCCAGUCCCAAACCACAAGCUCAGGGUAAAGCUGUAAGAAAUACAAUUAAAAUACAAAUACGAAGAAAAACUGUAAAUUCUAUUGAGAAAACGGGAAUUACCCGAAUUAAGUCACAAGAAAACGGCACAUCAGAAUCUUCCAGUCCCACACAAAUGCAACCAGCUCAAACGAAAAGCAAAGACCACAGCGAAAAAACGAACAGGACCCACAAAGACAGCACAAACGGCCAACCCAAGAAGAGCAAAUCCGAAGCGAAAAACAAAAAACAUAACAAUCAGGUCCAAGAAAACGAACCAGAAGACGAACCCAAACCAAGCAUCACACACAGCUCUGUCUUCGAAAACGACACACAAAGCUAUCUCAAUAACGACUUAGACGAGUUAGAAUCUGACAGACACAGCCUUUUAGAAAACCACGAUCUACUCCACAAUAGCGACCACAGCUUAUUAGAAGACGACACACACAACCUACUAAACGAUGUCAAUAACGAAAUUAUGCUGCAUAAACAGAGAGAAAUGCUCGCGGGCUUAGUCGAUAACCAUAUGAUAAACCCAAUGAAGAGUCAUCUAAACGGAUAUGGGCUUAUAGAUAGAGAUACUAUGAGUUAUAUAGGUAAUGAUAGGCAUAGUCAAAUUAGCCAAGGUCUAAUGGAAAAGGAGCUGCUGUUGAGGGAACGCAGCCGGAGCGAGAUGCUGAUGCGACAGAACGAGAUGCUCGCGAGACAACACAUGGAGCCCAAGCAUUAUUUGCAGGGGAAUUUAGGACUCGACUCCAAUAGUGAAUUAUUAGGUGCUAAUUAUCAUCCAAAUCCCAAUAUGCUUCCAUUCGGUAUGCGUGUAGAACACGCAUCGCCACUUCAAAAUAACAUGCAGAACAACAUGCAAAACAAUAUGCAGAAUACCAUGCAAAACAGUAUGCAUAAUAGCCUUCAGAACAGUAUGCAGAAUACCAUGCAAAAUAGCCUUCAGAACAGUAUGCAGAAUACUAUGCAAAAUAGCCUUCAGAACAGUAUGCAGAAUACUAUGCAAAAUAGCCUACAGAACAGUAUGCAGAAUACCAUGCAGAAUAGCCUUCAGAACAUGCAAAAUAGCCUUCAGAACAGCAUGCAGAAUAGUCUACAGAAUAUGCAGAAUAGCUUGCAGAACAGUAUGCAGAACAGCUUGCAGAAUAACAUGCACUAUGUAAUGCACAAUCCACAUGCGGGCCCCGUGCCCAACGGUUUUGAAGCUCCACAGUCUUCGAGCGAAGGGCGCUACCUAGCGGAGAACAUGGACAAGUUCUUCACCGACUUCCACAAGGCGCAGCAGAUGCGGCUGCUCCUGGCCCGCGCUCCCGACCAUCCCCGGCAGAUGGCGCUCGAGCACGAGCACAAGCAGAGAAUGAACAAUAUGAGGAUGGGCAGCGAAGCCCCGCGUGCGGCCGGCGACGGCGACGACGACCUCGACUUCGACCCCUUCAAGGAGACGCAGAAGGCCCUGGCUGAGAUGAUGGAGACCGAGAUGAUGCAGAACACAAGCGGCGACAACAUGGAGCUGGUCCGGCGCUCGCGCCUUCCGCCGCCCGGCUUCGCGCUGCCGCCGCACCAGCACCAACACCAACACCAGCACCAACACCAACACGCGCAGCCCCAACAUCCCAUGCAUACAGGUUUCAACAACACUAGCGCGUCGUUCUCCGACUGGACGCAGAUGGACCCGGCCAUCAUGUCGACGUCGGUGAACUUCGGCAAGCCGCCGCCGGCGGUGCAGCAGCAGCAGCAGCAGCAGCAGCAGCAGGAGCUGUGGGCGCGCUUCAACUCGCUGGCCGUGGCCCCGCAGAGCAAGCUGCCGCCGGGCUGGGGCCGGCUGGGCUGGGGGCUGGCGCCGCCGCUGGGCAGCAUCCCGCUGCCGCCCGGCUUCUCGCCCGCCAAGCCGCCGCAGCACCCCGCCGAGUGCAUCGACGCCAACUAACGUGCAAUCUCCAUUUUCUAUAUUAUUCCUUUUCCGUUGGUGAUGUGAACGAUAAAUCUUUGUAUUAAGAGAGGAUAUUUUAACGAGAGAAAUAUGAUAACGAAGGAAUUUGUAAAAUAAAUUAACAUAUUUGUUUUAUUUGA